GAAGGUGGAAGAAGAGAAGGCUGGGGUAGGAAAGCUGGACCCCACAGGCUACAAAAGAAGACAUCCAGGUCAAGACCGCCCUUCCAUUCAUAUUGGACUUCCAAUCUCUAGUUACUCAAAAAGAAAAGGUGACCAGAAGGGAUAUCCUUCAGGCCUGCAAAAAGUUCACUGGAGUCUUCAGCCAGAUAAGCCACAGCAGGAACUGACCACCCCAGGAAAAGGGACCAGCAGUCAAAGAAGCAGCAUGGAUCUUAUCAGCAGAACUCGGUCUCCAGCUGCUGAGCAGCUCCAGGACAUCCUGGGGGAGGAAGAUGAGGCUCCCAACCCCACCCUCUUCACAGAGAUGGACACUCUGCAGCAUGAUGGAGACCAGAUGGAGUGGAAGGAGUCAGCCAGGUGGAUAAAAUUUGAAGAAAAGGUAGAGGAAGGUGGUGAACGCUGGAGCAAGCCCCACGUGUCCACGCUGUCCCUGCACAGCCUCUUCGAGCUCCGCACCUGCCUGCAGACAGGGACAGUACUGCUGGAUCUGGACAGUGGCUCCCUACCACAGAUCAUAGAUGACGUCAUUGAGAAGCAGAUUGAAGAUGGGCUUCUGCGGCCAGAGCUCAGGGAACGGGUCAGCUACGUCCUCCUGAGGAAGCAUCGUCAUCAAACCAAGAAGCCCAUCCACCGCUCCUUAGUGGACAUUGGAAAGUCAGUCUCUUCUACCACAAAUCGCAGCCCUGCCCGGAGCCCUGCAGCUGGCCCAAGUUUACGCCGGUCCACUGAGGACCUAAGGAUGCGGCAAAGUGCAAAUUAUGGACAUCUGUGUCAUGCCCAGAGCAGAAGCAUGAAUGACAUUUCCCGCAACCCAAACAUAGACCAGCGGAAAAACAAAUUCAUGAAGAAGAUCCCUAAGGACUCAGAAGCUUCCAAUGUGCUUGUGGGUGAGGUGGACUUCCUGGACCAACCAUUCAUUGCAUUUGUGCGUCUCAUCCAUUCUGCUAUGCUGGGGGGAGUGACUGAGGUACCUGUUCCUACCAGAUUUCUGUUCAUACUGCUGGGACCUUCUGGGAGAGCAAAGUCCUACAAUGAGAUUGGUCGUGCUAUUGCAACCCUCAUGGUGGAUGACCUCUUCAGUGGUGUGGCCUAUAAAGCCCGCAAUCGGGAAGAUCUGAUUGCAGGAAUCGAUGAGUUUCUAGAUGAGGUCAUUGUCCUUCCCCCUGGAGAAUGGGACCCAAAUAUCCGAAUUGAGCCGCCCAAGAAAGUGCCCUCUGCUGACAAGAGGAAAUCGGUCUUCUCUCUAGCGGAGCUAGGCCAGAUGAAUGGCUCUGUGGGCGGAGGUGGCACCGGGGCUGGAGGUGGAGGUGGCGGCAGUGCAGCUGGCGGCAGCGGUGUAGGCGGAGCUGGCAGCAGGGAGGAGGCAGAGAUGCCGGCUGCACACGAAAUCGGGGAGGAGCUCAUCUGGACAGGAAGGUUCUUCGGUGGAUUGUGUCUGGAUGUCAAGAGAAAGCUUCCUUGGUUCCCAAGUGACUUCUAUGAUGGUUUCCACCUUCAGUCCAUCUCUGCCAUCCUAUUCAUCUACCUCGGCUGUAUCACCAAUGCAAUCACCUUUGGUGGGCUUCUGGGGGAUGCCACCGACAAUUAUCAGGGAGUGAUGGAGAGCUUCCUGGGCACUGCCAUGGCUGGCUCCUUGUUCUGCCUCUUCUCAGGACAGCCUCUCAUCAUUCUCAGCAGCACGGGACCCAUCCUCAUCUUCGAGAAACUCCUCUUUGAUUUUAGCAAAGGCAAUGGCUUAGACUACAUGGAGUUCCGACUCUGGAUUGGCCUACACUCAGCCAUCCAGUGCCUUAUCCUGGUGGCCACAGAUGCCAGCUUUAUCAUCAAGUAUAUUACCCGCUUCACAGAGGAGGGAUUCUCCACCCUCAUCAGCUUCAUCUUCAUCUAUGAUGCUAUCAAGAAGAUGAUCGGUGCCUUUAGGUACUACCCUAUCAACAUGGACUUCAAGCCUGACUCCAUUACCACCUACAAGUGCGAGUGUGUUGCUCCAGACACAGCGAAUACAACUGUGUUCAAUGCCUCAGCCCCACUGGCACCAAACACCAAUGCUUCUCUGUACAACCCCCUUAACCUCACAGCUCUGGACUGGUCCCUGCUGAGCAAGAAGGAGUGUCUGAGCUAUGGUGGCCGCCUGCUGGGAAACUCAUGCCAGUUCAUCCCAGAUCUGGCACUAAUGUCCUUCAUCCUUUUCUUCGGGACAUACUCCAUGACCUUAACACUGAAGAAAUUCAAAUUCAGCCGUUAUUUUCCUACCAAGGUCCGAGCCCUCGUGGCUGAUUUUUCCAUUGUUUUCUCCAUCCUGAUGUUCUGUGGAAUUGAUGCCUGCUUUGGUCUGGAAACCCCCAAACUGCACGUGCCUAAUGUCAUCAAGCCCACAAGGCCUGACCGAGGCUGGUUUGUGGCCCCUUUUGGGAAGAAUCCGUGGUGGGUGUACCUGGCGAGCAUCCUGCCCGCCUUGCUGGUGACCAUCUUGAUCUUCAUGGACCAGCAGAUCACAGCUGUCAUUGUCAACCGGAAGGAAAACAAGCUGAAGAAAGCUGCUGGCUACCAUCUGGACCUGUUCUGGGUGGGCAUCCUCAUGGCACUGUGCUCCUUCACGGGGCUCCCUUGGUACGUAGCUGCCACAGUCAUCUCCAUCGCCCACAUUGACAGCCUCAAGAUGGAGACGGAGACCAGCGCCCCUGGGGAGCAACCUCAGUUCCUGGGGGUCAGGGAGCAGAGAGUAACUGGCAUCAUUGUUUUCAUCCUGACGGGAAUCUCUGUCUUCCUGGCUCCCAUCCUGAAGUACAUCCCCAUGCCAGUGCUGUAUGGAGUCUUCCUCUACAUGGGUGUGGCAUCGCUGAAUGGCAUACAGUUCUGGGACCGCUGCAAGCUCUUCUUGAUGCCUGCUAAGCACCAGCCAGACUAUGCCUUCCUGCGCCACGUGCCUCUACGCCGCAUCCACCUCUUCACCCUUGUGCAGAUCCUCUGCUUGGCAGUGCUCUGGAUCCUCAAGUCCACCGUGGCUGCCAUCAUCUUCCCAGUUAUGAUCCUAGGCCUUAUUAUUGUUCGAAGGCUUCUGGACUUCAUCUUCUCCCAGCAUGAUCUGGCCUGGAUUGACAACAUCCUCCCCGAGAAGGAGAAAAAGGAGACAGACAAGAAGAAGAAAAGGAAAGGAGCCCAUGAGGACAGUGAUGACGAGCCCCAGUUCCUUCCUCCCUCAGUUAUAAAGAUUCCUAUGGAAAGUGUCCAAUCAGAUCCCCAAAAUGGUAUCCACUGCAUUGCCAGAAAAAGAUCUUCCAGUUGGAGUUACUCACUCUGAUUCUUCCUUCAGUGGCUCAGAACUUGAUCGAAGCAUCACCUUGCACUUCAAAAUCUCUUGUCCAGCUUCACCUGCUUUCAGCUACCCACGGAACCCCGUCUUCAUGGUGCCACAGGUGAAGAUAGAAAUGGAAUCUGAUUAUGACUUCUCGGACAUAGAGGAGUAUGGAAGAGAGGCCAAUGGUGAAACCACCCUAUAGGACAAUGCAGCGUCUCCCGGCUGGGGAUAGGGUGAGAGGUGUUAGUCUUCAUUGUGGGAGUCUGGAUCAAACUUCUUGGUGCCUGUUUCCUUAUGGGGCCUCCAGCCUGAUAGAAAACUGGAGAUCUUUCAAUGAAGAGUUCUACUUAAAUGCUUAGCUCUUCCCUUCCUUCUGCAGUUACUUAAAUACCUAAUAUAGAAUAUUCCUCUAUAAUGUAGUCCAGAUAAAUUGUAUUUCUUUUGAAAUGAAUGUCUCCCCAAAUACUAAGAUAAAUGGGCAAUAGUUCGUUUAUAUCUAAAACACCAAUUACAUUUUUAAAGGUUAUAUUUAUAUCUAGAUGGUUUGGAAGAACUUUUGUCAGUUAAUGAAUUAAUGCAGAACUAGUACAUCUGACUAAACAGUGCUCACUAAAGUGAAAUCUCAACCAUGUCAGAUCAACAAAAUGACCCUUUAUAUCACUGGGUUUUCACACUUGGAAUCAAAGUGUGAUUUGGGUAGGUCCUGCCUGCAGUUUUCCAUGGCUGAUUCCCAAAAUCAAACUUCCAUUCACAUGAACAUUUUAUGUUAGACAACAUUUGGGGAGAUUAUAACUUUGUAAUGUUAAUCAAACCAGUAGUUUAAAGUAAUGAUUGGAAAUUAUUUGGGUAGAUUAUAUUAAACUAGUUAUUUAAAAAAAAACUUUUUCCCAGGAAAAUUAAAAUUGGACAUUUUCAAUUUUACAUUAAAUGAACAUCAACAAUGUCUAUAUUAAUUCUACAGCUACAAAGAACCUGACAGUUUCUUUACCAAAAACAACUAUAGAUUUAAAUUGAGUAAAUCACCUUGGUUAGUUCAAGUGAUGACAAAUCCAGGUACUUUUUCAUUCAUUCAUUUUGUUUUUAAAGACAAAUGAGACUAGAUCACUAUCACUUCAGAGCCCAGCAUACUGUAUUGGCCCAUAUAAAGUUCUUAUUAAGUGUUCAUUAAUGUUAAUCUUGGGCUGGGAAUGUGGCUUAGUGGCAAAGUGCUUGCCU